CACAUUUUUUUGGAACCACAUUUACCAUUUGCCCCCAAUAAUCUCAUAUAUUUACGCUUUUGUCCCCCCUCUUUAUCGAAACCGAUAUAUUCUCCGGUCUCCACUGUUUUCUCACUCAAACUUCAUCUCUCUAUCUCUCAGAUCAAUUAUAAAAACCUUGAAGAAACUCGAACAACUGAUUUGAAAGUGGAGUUUGAUUGGCACUAAAAGCCCUAGUAGAGUAGAAAAUGGGUCAGAUCCAGUACUCCGAAAAGUAUUUCGAUGACACUUAUGAGUAUAGGCAUGUGGUGCUCCCUCCUGAAGUGGCAAAGCUUCUCCCAAAGAAUCGGCUUCUCGCUGAAAAUGAAUGGCGUGCUAUAGGCGUACAGCAGAGCCGUGGUUGGGUCCACUAUGCAAUUCAUCGCCCUGAGCCACAUAUCAUGCUCUUCAGGAGGCCCUUGAACUAUCAACAGCAGCAGGAGAAUCAAGCUCAGCAAAAUAUACUUGCUAAGUGAUCGGCUUUAACUCUUAUAUGUGGAAAAUGUCAAAUACAAAAUACUUUGGUUUAUGCUCUGCAUAAAAGCUAUGAUAUAUGGGUAAUUUGGAGUUUUUCUAGUGUCAUGUUGUAAUUCUCUCCUUAGGAGAAUUUCACUUUGGGCUCUUGUUUCUUCCUUUGUUAACCUUGACCUUGAUUGAUGUCUUGUCGUUAUUGGCAUCAGUUGAUUAGAUAUAUGAUACUUUAUGGUGUGUGUCGGUUGGAUGUUAUUGAUCUAAAACUAAUGGUGAAUUCUGAUCCUUGUUAUUGUCUUAUGGUAUGUGUGGUUCUGGUUAGUGACUAGAAUUCACAAGAUUUAGACAGUGUAGUGGGUGUGUGUCAUCUUGAAUUUGCUUUCAUAUUUCUCAAUCUAGUGUAAGAUUGAAUUGCUCUUCCAUGCUAUGUAACAAAUUAUGAAAUAUGGAACUUUGUCCUGUACUGUAAUUGCUCAA